UAGAAGAGACAUGGAAAUUGAACGGAAGAGAUCGGGUGGCCGCUGUAAAACCUCCAAAAAGGGGGGCAAAACUGUCAAGACACGUAAUGCCGAAGAGGAAGCAAAAAGGAGAGAAGCCCUAAAGCAGACCCUGAGGGAGAAGCUUGAGCUGGAGAAGAGAGCCCUGCAGGUGGUUGAACGUCUCUUGGAGGAAAGUGUGGCCGAAGACUUCUUGAUUGACUGUGCGAAGUUGAUCACAUCGGCCAAUUACAAAGACACUAUAGAGGAGAGAUCCAUCAUUAAACUCUGUGGAUAUCCUGUAUGUUCAAAUAAACUAGGCAAGAUCCCCACUCAACAAUACAAAAUUUCCACCAAGACCAAUAAGGUAUAUGACAUCACUGAACGCAAGUAUUUUUGCAGCAACUUCUGUUACAAAGCCUCCAAGGAGUUUGAGCUGCAGAUAUCAAAAACCCCUCUAUGGCUCAGGCAGAAUGAGAGUCCUCCAGAAAUUACUUUGAUGAAGAAAGGAGAUGGGGGUUGUUCCGGUGAGGAGGUGACGCUGACUGAGAGGUGCCUCCAAGAGGAGGAUAUAGAGAACCCUCCAGCUGUUGACCUCAACAGUUCUAAAGGCAGUUCGCAGGAAUACUCCUCUGCUGCCCUCUCAGACAGUGAUAGUAGUGAUGGUGAACAGGACUUUGUCUCCAGUGUCGUUUCCCAGAAACAGGUACCCAGAGUACACUGGGGCAAUCUGCCAAAACGCACAGAUGAGGGUGGGCAAAGACAGUGCGUAAAGGAGGAGGGGCAGUCCAUACAGAGGAGAGAGAGGGACAAAGAAAAUGAAGUGCAUCUACACAAAGAGAUCCAACGUGAAAGUGUUAUGAGGCGAAGAACAGAGGGAGAAGAAAAUAGACGAGAGUUGCUUGGAUCCAAAAGAGAGAUGGGCGCUGAUGCUGAAAGUGCCAAAAGACCUCACAUGGGAGAUGUUGACCAGCCCAGCGGACCGGAGUUGCUCCCGGGGGAAAGAGAGUUGCUUGAGGGACAGUCUGUGGAUGAAGCUAUAGCCAGGUUCGGUUUGUGCACCAUGACUGAGUCAGUCACAGAAACCAAUCCCCUACUGACUGACACAACCCUGAGACAGGGCAGACGGCAGGCAAAGCACAUGACUAACGUCACCUCUCCUUUAUGUACAGACUCAAACCCACCAGAUAGCAGAUCUCAAUCCAAUCUGCCAUCUCCAACUCCCACCCCCAUCGCUAAAGGCAGCACCAACUUUGCACAGCCCAGUCAACUCAACCUCAACAUCAGCCAGGUGGGUAUGAGUAAGAGAGGGGCAGCUGGGCUGAGGGACCUGCUCAAGCAGCACACGACCACAACCAAAUGCGAUUCUGUACGACAGAACCUUCUUGAGGGCCUGAGAAAAACUCUGAAGCAAUGGAGAACUGAGGAGACGCUGAAAUUUCUGUAUGGCACCGACAAUCCUUCAGGCCUUCUCCCCUCUGAGAGAAAAGAAGAAAAGGAGGAAGAUGUUGUGGAGGAGUUGGAUGAAGAUGACCUGGAAGAGGAGGAGAUAGAGGAGGGAAGGGGAAGAGCCAUGGCUCGUCACCUGUCCUUUCAGGACAGGCCGUUAGCUCCAGCUCCAUGCUACAUGAUGCUGCAGAAGGAGGCACAAUACAUGGAGCGCAGGGUCAAGGAGUUCUUCAAAGGAACCUGGGUUGUGCCUGAGGAGGACAGUCCGCCACCUGGACACUCAAAGCUGACAGCCCAGGACCAAAGUGGGACAGACCCAGUUCUUCCUGUUGUUGACUCUCAUGCUCAACAACUUAUCCAGAAACGCAUCACAGUGGAGAAGCUCAUCAGAAGUCUUAGAGACAUUGUGAGGCCAUUAAGACUUAACAUGAGUGACAUCUCUACUGACCUCAACAACUUAGUGCGGACAUUCAGGUUCACCAACUGCAAUAUCAUCCACAGAACUCCAGAGUGGACACUCAUAGCAGUGGUCAUCCUCCAUCUGUUGUCAGAUGUGUCGUCAGUGGUGCGGGAGGCGCUGCAGUGCCCGGCAUCAGAGGAAUACCUGGACACACUGAUGCAGCAGCUCGGUCUACAGCAACAAGAUCUGCUGAGUUUAGUCCAUCUGAUCAAAACACCAGGCCCUUGAGACACACACACACAUACACACACACACACACACACACACACACUAUGACUGACUAAAAUAUAUGGAAAAUAAAAUCAC